UCUUAUCACGUCCAGUUAAAUCUUUAUACAGCCCCCUACUCUUCCGACACUGACGGUUUUACAGACAAUGGAUACCGGUGUGUGUACUGGCCUGGUUUGUCUUGUUAGUUUUUUGUUUCUACCUCCAGUCGUACUGGAAACGUGUGGUUUCCUUUCUCCGUACUGGAUAAAGGCUAAUGCGUCAUCGGAUUGUUUUCUCGGUAUUAUAUACAAUUCUAAUUGCCCAGGAAAUGUCAUUGGACUGGGAUCAGCCGGCGUUGCGCUUCAUCAGACGACUUUUGUAUUCACCAUCCUUCAAAUUCCGUCCGUACUGAUGUUUUCACUAAGUGUUCUUCACAAGUCUGAGGGAAUUCUGCUGCAGUUGUGUGGCUGUUGUUCACUGAUCAUUAUAACAUUAUACCCAAUAUCAGGAAUUCUGGGAUUUGCCGGGUGUAUGCUCAUUGUAACAGAUUACACGGAGUUGUCACGGGGAUGGUCCUUUGAUUUAUGUUUGGCAGCAUCAGUUUAUAUUUUGAUUGAGAUUAUCGCUGUCGUCACUGGGGUCAUUGUUAAUGCAGUAAGGUCAUCAAACCAAAAAUCCGGUAAAAGUCCGAAACAGUCCGAGGAGACGGAUAACGGCGGGAAUGUGUUCACGGGAAAUGUUCAGACUGACAACCAUUACAAAAGAAACACUCGGGCCGCUGAUGAUUACAAAAGAAAUGCUCAGAGUGACACUGACUCCAAAAGUAACAGCCUACUUAAAUCUGCUCAGGUGGCCAUCAUAGCAAGCACUGAGCUCUUCAAAAUACCCAAAUGGUGAAAUAAAAACUGGUACAUAUUUCUUGAAUAGUUGAGUGCAUUGACUUCCAGAACAACCGAAAGAAACGCUUUCAUUGGUUAAAAAGAUAAUUCGUCACAGAUGAACUUUGAGGCAGGCUUAUUAUAUGAAUGAUUAUCAGGGGAGGGGUUAUUGAUGUGAAUAAUAAUCGGGGGAGGAGUUAUUGAUGUGAAUAAUAAUCGGGGGGGGGGGGUGAUAGAGUGUUUGAUUAGAUCCAGACUCCAUUCUGACAUUCACACUGCGCGGGACAAGGUUAAUCUAGUUAGCUUGGCCUCUAUAAGGUAAAUAUUGGGUGAUGUUACUCGGAACUUAAUCUAAGAAGCCGUUUGUCAGAUAUACAUGUACAAUACAAACCUCGCAAGGUUGGGUAGAGUACGGUGAUUGGUUAAAAUGUUUUACGUUGUAACUGUGUUACUUAAAUAAAAAAUCAAUAAAAAGGAUAAUAGAACAGAGCGAUA